AUGGUUAAUAGUGGGGAGCUCUACUACUUUCACAGCAAUCCCAAGCCUUUGCAAACCCCCUGCAGCUAUUUUGGGGCUAUUUGGGCUAUGCGGGAGAAAUGCGGCAGAGCAGUACAAGCGCACAGAAAAUCGCGCGAGGCAGUACGAAUGGGAAAUACUGUGCCAUGGGAGGUAAAUCACUCGUGCAUUUCCAAUUCCUCUCAGCAACUCGCUUCAUCUCAUACGACCAACACAAUGCUCCGAGCACGCGCACACACCCACGCCCACGCACUCAGAAACGCACUUGCGGCUACGAAGCCAGCCCGCGUAUCGGCAGCCCGCCUUUUCUCGAACGACGCCGGCGCGCACGACCCGCAAGGCUAUCUCAACACAGCGAAAGAGGAGGGCGAGAAGGCCGAGUCUGUCGGCCACAGCAGAUCCGUCGGCCGCAACAAAUACAUACACGAGAUACAGAGGCACCACGUCAAGCCGUCCAAGGUGCACGAGUAUGUAGCAGCAGUCCAGGACUACUACCUCGCGCUCGUCGGGGAUAAAGCGAACCACCUCAAACUCACAGGCAGCUGGGAGGUCAAGUACGGCGAGCAAGACACCUUCAUCCACAUUCUCGAAUACGAUGGGUUUAAGGGUUUGGAUGAUACACUUGCGCUCAUCAGAAAGACGAAUGCAGACGCUAUAUUCAAUACCCGCGUCAGACCACUCAUCAACCACAGGACAUCAGAGUUGUCGCAGGAGUUCGCCUUCUUCCCCUCGUCCCCACCGCACUCGUCGGGAGGCAUAUUCGAGCUGCGCAGGUACCAGCUCAAGCCUGGCACGCUGCUGCAAUGGGAGUCUUUCUGGCGUAAGGGUCUGGAAGCCAGACGUCAGUUUGUUACGCCCGUCGGAGCCUGGUUCUCCCAAGUGGGCCAACUGCACAAUGUCACGCACAUGUGGCAGUAUCCUGACUUUGAAGCGCGUAAGCGCACGCGUGAGCAGGCGUGGUCUGUCGACGGGUGGGCGUACACUGUGUCGGAGACUGUUAAACUUUGCGAUAAUAUGCACACUUCUGUCCUCGAACCUUUGCCAUUCUCGCCUCUCAAGUAA